CUUACUUCAGAACGCGAAAUCAUGGAUAUUAAUCCUCAUCACGUUUUUUAUCUUUUUAAAUCAAUGUUUGAAGAACGCUAUGGGUGUUUUAAUAUAUCUAAUUUAAAAAACCAAAACAGUGUUGAUUCUAAUAUAGCUACUGAAUUAUUUAAUAUGUUUAUAUCGUUAUGCGAUGAAUCAUCUGAAAUAAUAAUUGAAGAUUCUUUGGACAUGAAUAGAGAAGGUUCUGAAUUUGUAGACAAUGAAGAUGGUAACGAAAAUAAUAUCAACGAACUUGAUGAUUCUUUAUCACAAGAGUUUAAUUCUCAAAUGUACGAAAUAGAAAAAUAUAUAAAAAAUAAAUUUACCGAAGCAAGAGAAAAACGUUUACCUGUUCAUGACAUUGAUCUCCGUCGCUGGGCUAUUGAAGAAGCAAGAAGAAUCGAAUUAAACAAAUUUAAAGGCAGCCCUUCUUUUAUUAAAAAUCUGAAAUUUCGGCUUCGUAUCUGUUCAAGAAAAGUAACUAAACUGGUAACCAAAAAUUAUUCAAAUGAAAAAGUUGAAACAGAAGAGCGAAAAGCUGCUCACUUACAAUUUACCAACUCUAAAAUACCUCAAUAUAAUUUGGAUUUUAUAAUGAAUUCUAAUCAAUCUGGUUUUUCAAAAGAAUAUUUUUCAACAAGAACUUUAAGUUUUCGUGGCGAGAAAGAUACAUUACAAUCAGUAAAAAGUAUUUCUAAUACCACUCAUUCUUAUACAAUUCAACCAAUAAUCACAGCAUCAGGUAAACUUUUAUCUCCUAUGUUAAUAUGCUUACAAGAAACUACUGGUAAUGAGUUUGGACCCCGUGUUAGUUUAGAAAUAAUAAAAAAUACACCGAAUAAUUUAAUAGUAGUUUGUAGUAAAUCUGGAAAACUGACGAAGGAACACGUUAAAAAAUGGCUUGCCGGUUGCUUAAUACCUCAAAUUAAAGAAAAAACGUUAGUUUUAUUAGA